CGGGGCGGCGCACAUCGUACAUGAUGCCUUUUGAUCCCGCUGCUGGUCCACCACAUGGUUUCUCUCUCUUGGUUUCCUUCUCUCCCUUUUCGGCCGUUUCGCCAAUCCAAGGACCUUCCUAGUUGGAAACAUUUCUUCCCUUUUUGUUAUUUUCCAUCUUCUUCGUUAUUGAUACCCAUGGCGUUUUCUCUCGCUAGAGGGCUGUGAGAAGUGCCUGCUCUCGUCCUUGAUUAUUUUCCCUUGUCUGUCUUGUUCUUUCUUCCUCACCGUACGAUACCCUCCUAUUCGGCUCCCCGCAUUCUCGGGGGGAACACACAUCACAAUGGACUACUCAAUGCAGCCGCUGGCUUCACCAAAGCACCAACUUCCCCACAUCGAUACGACGACAAAUUCUUGGGACGCGUCCGACAUUAUAAGAGAAGAGCCGCUAGGCUCCAAGCUAAUGUGGGCCAUCGCCCAUGUCCUACAGCUCGAUGCCGGCUCGAUACAGGCGAUGGACUCUUUUCAAGACCUGGGCGGCGACCAGCGCACAGCGACCCUUCUCAGGAGGAAAUGCAGGAGUCUCGGCCUGGACGUUAGGACGAAAGACAUCCUGAGCUGCGUUACCAUCGCCGAGCUCGAGACGUGCAUAAAACCGUGCAGGCGUGACGAUACAAUAACACCGGCCGACGCUUCGGAUUCCCAUAACCCGUUACAGCUCCGACCCCGCAAACCGAGCCGAUUUUCCUACGCCAGCGAUGCCUCGACGCUGCACUCGCGCAACUCCAGCACAUUGAGCGCCGUGCUCUCGCCCCCCGCAGUCGAGGUAGAUGUCGACAAGUUGAUAGACGACAAUGCCGCCGUCGAGCGGUCCGUCAUCAUAAAGCCACGGGCGGGGCCUUUCGACGGGAAGGGUGUUGCGUUCCUUGAGCUGCACGGCAUCGAGAUCUCGGGGAGCCCCACGUCGGACGUCGAGGUCAUUCCGCAAUCCCACAUGUUCCUCGCCGGAACCAAGGUCGCCGCAAUCAGACGCAGCCUUCAGGAAACUGCCAGGGGAUGCGAGAUCCCCGAAGUUUGGAUCGUGCUCAGGAGGGUGCCCACAGCUGAGACUGGCGAGGUGAACAAGAGAAGGCUGCGGACCUGGAUCCAGAAUGUCAACGCCGGGACGGAGCAACUGAUCAUGAGCAUGGAUGUGGAGGAGGCCGUGAAGGAGCCUUUGACUGAUAUCGAGAAGGCGUUGCGGGGCGCCGUUGGCAGGGCGCUUCAGAUGCCUGUUGAGAACAUUGGGAUGAACUUCUCCUUUGCGCAACUCGGCGGCAAUGACAUCAGCGCCACACAGGUCGUGGCAAUAGCCAAGGCCGAUUCCAUCUUUCUCAACUCGUCCGAGGUUAUGCAGAACCACACGCUGGCGCAGCUUGCGAGGAUCGCCUCGACGCGUGCCGAACCCUCUCCGCGCUGGGACGGCUCGCCUCUCAACAGCGGAGUCGAGCUCUCACCGAUGCAGAACCUCUACUUCCUGACGGCAAUGGGCGGCGACUCAACCAAUCGUUCGGUGCGCGAUGGCAGCUACCGCUUCAACCAGAGCGUCCUCCUCAGGACAAGCAGGAAUUUUGCUCUCGACGACGUUUCGGCCGCGGUAGAUGCCGUGGUAGGACACCACGCGAUGCUCCGAUCCCGAUUUUCAAAGGCCUCGACGGGCGCAUGGACCCAGCGCGUUGUCCCUACAGGUGCCGGCUCCUAUAGUCUGCGCUUCCAUACAGUUAGCACCGACAAGGAGCUCCAGGCCAUCAUCGAAGAGAGCCAGACCCUGGUAGAUAUCGAGCAGGGGCCCGUGUUUGCCGUGGAUCACGUCCAGACCAACGACGGCCAUCAGAUGAUCUACAUGGUGGCACACCAUUUGGUCGUCGACCUGCUCUCGUGGAGAGUCAUCAUCCAGGACCUGGACGAACUCCUUGUGAACGGCAGCCUGCUAUCCCAACGGUCGCUACCCUUCCAGCAAUGGAACCAGCUCCAGAAGCGCGAGAUCGAGCAGGCGGACAUCAGCAGCCCAAUCCCAACCGGCACCCCCGCGGGAAACUACACCUACUGGGGCCUGCAGGACGCCCCAAACACCUACGCCGAUUCCCGCGAAGUCAGCUUCUGCCUGAGCCCAGAGCUGACAACGAUACUGCAGACGACCUGCAACAAGGUUUUCCGAACCGACUCCGUCGACAUCUAUCUGGCCGCCCUUCUCCUCUCCUUCUCCCAGACCUUCCACGACCGGCCGGUUCCCGUCAUUUGGAACCAGGAGCACGGCCGCGAUGUCGCCGACCCGACCGUUGACAUAACUGACACGGUAGGCUGGUUCACCAGCCUGAGCCCGAUUGGCUCGGUAUUAGAGCCUGGAAGGAACGAUUUCCUGGAUGUUGUGCGGCGGCUCAAGGACCUGCGACGCGCGAUGCCGAGGCGGGGAGCGCAAUACUUCGCCUCCAAGUUUCUCAACCGCAGCGGCCCUGACCUGUUCACCGAGGACUGGCCCAUAGAGCUGAUUUUCAGCCACGCGGGAUCCAUGCAGCAGCUUGAGCGGGAGAACGGCGUUCUGGAGCAGCUGAAAAUCCCGGGCAGGACGCUGGCGUCCAAGACUUCUGACAUUGGCCCUAGAGUUGGCCGUAUAGCUCUGUUUGAGGUCAACACUGUCAUCUCGCGGGGCUCGGCCAAGGUCAAACUGCUGUAUAACCGUCGGUCGCAGCACCAGGAGCUCAUUUCCCAGUGGGUCGAGAACUUUGAGCACCUUCUGCUUGAGGCCAUCGGCCGGCUGCGUUACCACGCCCCGGAGCUCACCUUGGCAGACGUGCCGCAGCUUGAUGUGACAUAUGCCGGACUGGAAAAGUUGAACAAGGACCGCUUGGCCACUCUCGGUCUGAGUAGCGUGCGCGACAUCGAGGCCGUCUAUCCCGUCACGGCUGUCCAGCAGGCCAUUCUCAUCAGGCAGGAGAGCGUCCCCGAGUCGUCGCAGCUUCACGGCAUCUAUGAGCUCACUUCGGCAGUGGGCGAGUCCGUCGAUAUUUCCCGACUGUGCGCUGCGUGGCAGAAUGUCACAAUGAAGCAUGCGGCGCUCCGCACCGUCUUUAUCGAGAGUGUAUCCGAGACGGGCGUUUACGACCAGGUCGUCCUCCAAAGGUGCUCACCACACAUGCUGUUUAUCGACGUCCACGCCGGCGAGGAUCCCAUCGAGGCUCUCAACAACCUGCCCAUGGUCCCGGCCGGGACCUCCCGGCCGCAGCAUAGGUUCGCUGUUUGCAAAGCACCAACUAAAACGCUGGUCAAGCUCGAUAUCAAUGGGGCUCUCUGUGACGCCCAGAGUAUGAAUACCAUCUUCGUUGACGUCCGCCGCGCCUACGCUCUAAACACGCCGCUACAGGAUGCCACGAGCCUGACUUACCCCGAGUACCUCAAGUUCCUCGAGACGGCACGCACUAGCCAGAGCCUCGAUUUCUGGAUGCAACGACUCAAGGACGUCGAGCCGUGUACUUUCCCGCGUCUCGUCCUCAUCACAAACGAGCAGCGCUUCUACGAGAACUCGCACUUCGACCUUGAAAUUGACGCCAAGACGUUUAUGGACUUUUCCCGUGCGAACCAGGUCACCGGGGAUGCUGUCUUGCGCCUUGCCUGGGGCCUCGUGCUCCGGGCGUUUGUUGGCAACGACAAGGUCUGCUUCGGCUACCGCGCCACUGGGCGCGAGGCUGUAUCAGGCGGGUCCAGCAUGCGCAACGUAGUUGGCUGCUUCGGCAAUACCAUCGUGUGCAACUUGACGCUGUCGCCGUUCAAGUCACUGUCAUCAAUGCUCAAGACUGUAGAGUCCGAGUACGUCGCUAGCCUCCGCCACCAAUACGUCUCUAUCCCAGAGCUUCACCACAUCCUUGGAGUUCGCGGCCCCGAGCGCUUCUUCAACUCAUGCGUCUCGCUCACCUACGAGCCGGCCGGGCUGGACAGCCGCGCCGCGACUCAGACCAACUUUGGGCUCCACGGGGUGUCGCACCGCGAGACCUCCAGCUUCGACCUGGCCGUCAACGCCCGCUUCAUGAACGGCAGUCUCGUGGUCGACAUUGCCAGCAACUCGCUACUUUCGGAGCGUGAAGCGAGGAAUGUGUCCAACACCCUGAAGAAGGCCCUCAAUUCCAUCUUGGAGAUGCCCAGUGGCUCCAUAGAGGGCGUCGACCUCUUCACCGAUCACGACUACGCCCAGGUUGUGGCUUGGGCCAACGAGAGGGACACCCCUCAGCCGCGUUCCGCAGUGGUGCACGAGCUUGUGGAGAGGAACGCCCGCGAAAGCCCCCAGGCGAUCGCAAUCCGCGCGUGGGAUGGCGAGCUCACCUACCAUCAGCUCGACGAUCUCGCCUCCCGUCUGGCGCAGCGCCUGAUGGACGCCGGUGUCGGGCACCGAGACACGGUCCCUCUUGUCCUCGAGAAGAGCUUCUGGUCUCCGGUUGCCAUGCUGGCGGUGCUCAGGACGGGCGCUGCGUUCGUUCCCAUCGAUGCGUCCGACAUGGGCUUCAUCCAGCCCAUCUUCGAGCAGCUCAACUCGUCACAUGUGGCUAUCCAGUGCCAGAACGCGUCGGCAGUUCUGGGCAAUCUCUUUGAGAAAGUCAUUGUCUUGAACCCCGAGCUCUUGAGAGAGCUCCAGCUCCAGCCGAUGCGGUCCACAGUGACGCACACAUCCGAGGAGGACAUCGCCUGCGUCUUCUUCGUGCCAGCGUCGUCUCGGCAGGUCAAGGGUAUCGCCUUCUCGCACGCCUCCAUGUCGAUGGCGCUGCUGACGCAAGGCCCUUCGGCCAUGAUCUCGGCGUCAAGCAGGGUCAUGCAGCUGUCGUCGUACAACGUGGAUAUUGCGCUAUCUGAGAUCUUUGCGACCCUCAUCCACGGCGGGUGCGUCUGCAUCCCUACCGACUCUGAGCGCGUCCUCGACUUCACGGGCGCGGUGCAGCGCAUGGAGGUCAACUGGUCCUACAUGACGCCCCUGCUCUCGCGCAAGCUAAACGUCGACAUCCUACCGACCCUCAAGACCAUCUGCUUCCGCACUCGGUCCCUGGACGAGGACUCGUACGCGCCGUGGGUUGGCAAGAAGAAGGUGCUUUUUGCCUAUGGUGCGCCCGACAUCUGCCCCCUGGGAAUUUCGUUUCUCGAAGUCUUUGGCCCUCACCAGCUCAACCGCAUCGGCGGCCCGCUUGUGGGCAACUUCUGGAUUGUCAACCCCGACGACCACCGAAGGCUGAUGCCCAUUGGUGCCGUUGGCGAGCUUGUCAUCGAGGGCCCGACCCUGGGCUAUGACUUUCGCAACGGCCAGGUUGACCAGGCACACUGGAACUCUGCCGACUUCUCGACGGGUGGUUCAAACAAGAAGACUCGGUACUUCAAGACGGGCCACCGCGUCCGCUACACCGAGGGAGGCUUCAUUCAGAUCAUCUCGAGCAAGAAGGAGGACCUCGAGAUUGGCGGACACACCAUCAUCAUUUCGGAGCUGGAGCAGCACAUUCGCCGCAGUCUCGACCUUGGAGUUGACGUUAUCACCGAGGCGAUUGCCUUCAAGGGGGUCCAGGUCGAGCCUGUGCUGACUGCCUUCAUUGAGCUUGGCGAGAUGUUUGAUGGGCCUGAGGAUCUGCGCCAGCUGUCGCGAACAACCCGCGAGCGCCUCUUUGCGGCACGACGGCUUGUAGAGAUAGGCCUGCGCAAUGCGGUGCCAUCCUAUAUGGUCCCGCAGAUCUAUAUCCCCGUCAAGCACCUGCCGGUGACGGCCUCGCUCAAGGUCAACCGCCGCAAGCUGCAGAAGAUCAUCUAUGGCCUCUCCCGGGACCAACUGGUCGCCCUUUCAACGGUGCCGAACCCGGGCGAAGUGCAACGGUACUGCAUGCAGCCGGCCCCGCUGGGCCAGAUGGAAGAGCGGAUGCGUCAGAUCUGGGCCCAUGUGCUCAACAUUGAGGACGAGACAGUUAUAAGCGGCGCAGACGGCUUCAUCAAAGCUGGUGGCGACGACAUUCUCGCCACCAAGUUGCUCGUCUGCUGUCGCCAAGAAGGCAUCAUCAUCUCCAUCGCAGAUGUGCUCCGCAACAUCACUCUCUCUGAGCUCUGCAAGACUGUCAAGUUUGCCGAUGACACACAGCAGGCCCAUGCACAGGCUCAUGCGCCCUCGCACACGCCGCCCCAGGCCUCCGUGUCGUCUGUUGCUUCAGCUCCAGCGUCAGAGGCUGCAUACCCCCACGUUGUGCUGGUUCAGCAGCAACAGCAGCAGCAGAUGCUGCAGCGACGGCGGUCAAGGAACAGCAUCGCCGCGGUACCUGCUGCUGUCGAUACGUCUCAACAGCCUAGGAGAGGCAGCAACGGUGACGAUCUCGAGUCCGUCCUGGCCACCAAGAUCGGGGUCGAAAGGGCCACGGUCAGGGAGGUCGCUGAGGCCUCGUCAAUGCAGUCCCGUUUCAUCGAGUCGGGUAUGCUGCGCGGACGUGCCAACAUCAACUACUUUGUCUUUUCCUUCUCAGGCACCAUCGACUGCAAGAAGCUCGAGGAUGCAUGCCAAACGCUGGUGACGAUCCAUCCGGUCCUCCGCACCGCCUUUGUGCCUCACAAGCGUCGCAUGUACCAGAUUGUGUUCAAAUCCAGUGCUGGCGCCGACUUUAAGCGUUACCUCUGCCCGAGCUGGCGCCUGGCCGCGUUUGCCGAAAAGGUGAUUAAGAAAGACCAGGCGGCCCCGCUUGCCUUUGCAUCGCCCAUGACCAAGUUCAUCCUCCUCGAUGGCGGCAAGCAGUCGACGCUCCUGCUGCGGCUGUCCAGGGCCCAGUAUGACGACCUGUCGGUGGCGCUGCUGGUCAAGGACCUCAAGAAGCUGUACGACGGCGCGCAGAACCCACCGCGGCGGCCCUCGUAUGUCGAGUUUGUGCGGUCGGCGCAGGUGGCCAACUCGAAGGGCGCUCACGACUACUGGCGGUCGCUGCUCGAGGGAGCGUCCAUGACCAAGGUGGUGCAGCACGCGCGGCCCUACCAGCUGACCAACCACAGCAAGACCAUCAAGCAGCGCGUCGCGGUGGGCUCGCUCGCGCACCUCGACAUCUCGUUCGAGACGGUCGUCAAGUCGGCCUGGGCCAUGACGCUGGCGGCGCUGUCGGGCUCUGGCGAUGUCGUUUUCGGCGAGGUGGUCGAUGGCCGCCAGGUCCGACUAUCCGGGGGCCAGUCUGUCGCGGGCGUCCUCGGCCCGACGGCCAACGCGAUUCCGGUGCGGGUCAAGUUCCCCGACCAACAGGUCGCGCCGCUGGACUUGCUCAAGGCUGUGCAGGCGCAGCGCGUGGCCGGCAUCCAGUUUGAGAACUAUGGCUUCCUCGACCUGGUGCAGUCGUGCACAACGUGGCCCUACUGGACCAGGUUCAGCACUGUUGUGCAUCACCGGUACGAGGAGACGACGGUGGUGCCGUCCGAGGCCAAGAUCUUCAACCUCGGCAAGGGCGGCGCCGGUCCCUCGUGCAGGUUCACCAUCAUCGAGAGCCGCGCACAGGACGUGCCCGACAUGUACGUGCACUCGCUCGCGCGCGGCGGUGGCGGGCCAGGCUCGGGCAGCCAGACGAACAACGUCGAGAUGUGCAUUACAUUCUGCGAGAGCCGCAUUCCUGUCAGCUUUGCCGAGGAGACGCUCCGGAUGCUCGUGGACAACGUGGCCACCUUCACCUCUGCCUCCAUCACGGCUCCUGUCGUGCCGUCGUCGUCGGCCUUCCAGAGGCUGCAGGCGCACAUCCCACUGCCGCAGGCACCGUCGACGCCGAGCAUGAUUGCCAGCGAGCUGCACCCCACUCCCAAUAACGACGUUGCUCCUAACCACGCCGCGGCGAUCCGCAAGACCAUAGAAAAGGCUUGGACCUUGUCGUCGCUCAACCCCGCGACGCUCAACGUGCCCGAGGAGCACAGGGACCACGCGGCAUUCUACGACCUGUGGGGCUCACUGAUCCCCGCAUCGCAGCUGGCCUCGGCUCUGACCCGAGAGGUUCCCAAGCUCGGCCUGCCUGGGAUUGGGGGACCGGGGGAGUUUUCCCUGUCGAUGGACGAGAUCCUGGACAACCCAACCAUGGCGAAGCAGUUCAACCUCAUCGCGAGAAGGAUGGCCGGGCACGGCGGCGGCAGCAGCCCCGGGCACAGACGCAACGUGCCUUCGUCAUCUUCGCUUGUGUCCAAGAUUGCGAGCAAGAUCAAGGGUCACGAUCAGCAUGCGCCGGUCCCUCAGACGACGUACCUGGUCGUCGAUUCCCGCACCGCCGCAGACAAUGCCCGUACUCCGCCACCCCGCUCAGCAGGUCUGCCAACACCACAGGCUGUCCAUGUAUCCUCGAUGCUUACGCCUGGCCUGCCAGCGACUACGCCCGGGGCACCCACACCUCUGGGGGCAUCGUUCACGGGGCCGAUCCGCGACGACGACGAACUCGAGCGGCAACUGGAGCGGGCGCUACACGAGAUCUCGGGCGAAGCGCAGGUGCGACCGCAGGUACCGCGCAAGGGGUCGGCCGAAAUGCGCCGCGGCGGCAGCUCGGGCGGCAGCUCGGGCGACAGCUCGGGCGGCGGCAGCGGCAUGGAGAGCCUGACGGACGGGAGCAGCGCUGUCAGCAGCAGCGUCCACGAAGACCUCGAGCAGCAUACAGUCUUCCCGGGCAUGGCCCCAGUGAACUAUGGCGGGUCCCCGUACAGGGGCGGACUGCGCAAGGACAGCGCCGUCAGCGCCGUCAGCGCCCUCGCGCCCGUCUCUCCUCCCACGCCCGGCAGCAAGCUCGUCGCCUCGGCCAUGACGCCAGCGCCCAUCUCGCCGCCCACGCCGGCUAUGAAGCAGAACGCGUACCACUCCCACACGCAGAGGCACCAGCGCUACAGGCAGAACCGGCCGGCGGACCUCAACAUAUCGCUGGUGAGGCCGCCGCUGCCGCCCAUCCCCGCUGACGAGGCGCCCGACGACGUGGUCUCCCCCGUGACUCCGCCGACGCACAGCGCCCGCUACUUUGACCGGGCGCACAGGCGCGCCGACUCGUCGAUCGUCACGCCGCCCGCCGCUCGGGCUCCACGGCACUUCCGCAGCUUCAGCCGGAGCUAGAAUUCACCACGUAAAGCAUAGGUGGUGUCUUUAUAUUACUACACUUUCGAUAGUUUCCCUUUUCUUUUUCUUUUUUUCCCCCACAGGGUUGCUUGGAUCGAUAUCAUUCAUAUUUGUAUCUUUUUUCGCUUUUUUCAUUUGGAGAUUUUGAGAUAUCUCCAACAUCUCAUCUCCGGACAUGGUUCUUUUGUACUCAGCUUUGUCGUAUCCACAUGAACUUUUUUGUUUAUUUGCGUGGCGUUUGCGCGGGAUAUUGCAGCUUGAUCUACCUUGGCAAAACCUAACAUCAGGAUAGCGUGCCAUUUUUUAUUAUUAUACUCUAGAUAGCAGCCACUCAAAUUCAUGUUUGAUUACGG